CUACCAAGCAUUAGCAAACAAAAUACUGCCCACUUAUUCAAUUUGUAAGCCUAGUCCGAAGUGUUCGAAGUGGCGACCUUAAUUUGGAUACUUGUAAUUUCUCUAUGGGCCAUCGAAAUUUCUGCUGCGACGGCUGUCAGACACACAACUUUAAUGGCCGUCGGUUUCACUGCUUGCGGUGCGUGAAUUAUGACCUCUGCAGAGAGUGUUAUGACCAGAAUGUGGAGACUCUGGAUCAUCGAAUGGAGCAUCCCAUGCAAUUGAUGCUUGAGGAGGAGCGGCAUCAGCAACCGCCCGAACUGCUGCUCAAUGGAGAGAUGCUGGAGUUGAUGCAUUUCCCCAAUUGCUAUACCUGUCCAUACUGUGGAUUAUACGGUCACACGGCGAAGGAGUUGAUCGACCAUGUGGUCACCGUACAUCGCCAGAACGACAGCCAUGUGGUGUGUCCAAUGUGCGCCGGCCUGCCAGGCAUUGAACUGGUCGCCAUUCGUAAUCUUGCCCGUCAUCUGCUUCUCAAUCAUAUCGAGCAUGCGAAUCUCCUCGAUCCGAAUACUCCCCCUCUGCGGCAUGCACUUUCCCGUGUCUCGCGACGCCGCCGGCGACAGCAGCCGCCGCCGCAGCCGCAGAGUCCGGGCAACCAGAAUGGCAGCAACAACAGUCGCAGCUCUGCUCGAUCCAACAGCAGCCGCAUGGACUCCGAGGCUGGCAUGGAUACUGAUAUACUGUAUCAGUUGUCCGAGCUGCGACGGCUACGUCCAGAGCUUCGACUCAGCCAGACUCCUGCCAAUUAUCUUGAGGGGGAGACUCGCUCACGAACAACCGCCUUGGCCAUUGCCAACACGGAGGCAAAUGUGGCUGCUCGCAGUUGCAGCUGCCCCAAUGAGACGAGUGUGUCUGCAACUCCAGAGACUUCGGAGGAUGCGGAUCGCUUUCUGUUGCAGCAAUGGAUGUCGCAGCAGCAGCUCGACCUAGAGGCAGCAUUAAGGAGCAACAAAAACCGGCAGAAACAUGCACUCUUCACCGAACACCUGCUGCUCUCAAUGUUGUGCGAGGAGCAAGUGCAACUGCCGGAAGAAUGCGAACACAUCUCCGAGCAGAUUGAGGAGGAGGAUGAUCAUAGCAAUAAAGAUGCCAUUUCUCUGCCGUCCACCUGCAAGUAUGUACCCUCGCAAAUAAUGAUGCUGAUGUCGCUACCUUGGAUCAGGCCCUGGUCAACCCAAAGUAAACUGCGAUACAUUGAGCUACAAGGCGUCACUCUCGACGAGAGCGCAGUGACUGCGGCUGCCGAACAGCAGGAUAUCGAUUAACAAACAGUUCAGCAUCCUAUGCCAAUGUCCUUGCCCAUCAUUGUAUUCCGUAUCACAUUUUCAGUUCUAUUAUUUUAACAACGCGCAUAUAAAAAUUUUAUUGUGAAAAUUGA